GACGAAGCGUUUAAAAGUGUUUUGCUCGGCACUGGCACCGACAGUUUGCAUUCACAUAGCGAAGGCGCGUUAAGCAGAAGAAUUACGAAAAAUUCCAAACAUCAACAACAACAAGAGCAACCCCAAGAGAAAAAUGAUGAAAUUUUUUGCGAGUUUUUGCCUACUGGUCGUUUUGGCUGCGGUCAACGUUUCCCAGGCUGACAAUCUACAAUGCAACAUCAAGUCGAAUGCUGCAUUCAAGGGAUGGCCGGACAUGAAGGAGCCCUGCAUUAGAAGCAUGCGCGAGCAGAUCCAGAAGGAGAUCAGUGCCUCCAUGCAAUAUCUGGCCAUGGCUGCCUAUUUCUCGAACGACACCGUCAAUCGUCCUGGCUUCGCUGAACACUUCUUCAAGGCUGCCAGGGAGGAGCGCGAGCAUGGCGCCAAACUGGUGGAAUACUUGUCGAUGCGUGGCGAGUUGACCGACACCGUUAAGAACCUAAUUAAAGUGAUGCCUGUCAAGGUGAAGUCCUGGAGUGGACUGAGUGCUUUGGAGGAUGCCUUCAAGCUAGAAACCGAGGUGACCAAGUCCAUUCGCGAUCUGAUUAAGACCUGCGAGGGUAACUCCAAGAAGGCUGACGAUAACGAUUACCAUCUGGUUGACUAUCUGACCGGUGUCUAUCUGGAGGAGCAGCUGACCGGCCAACGCGAGCUGGCUGGCAAGAUCACCACAUUGGAGAAGAUGAUGGCCUCCCAAGGCGAGUUGGGCGAAUUCCUGUUCGACAAGAACAUGUAAACAACUCCAAAUUCAACUCAUUGUUUAGCAUGCUAUUCAUAGUUUUCACUGUGCUCCGAGAAAUAUAUCUAUUUAAAAUUAACUGUUAUAAGCCGCUGCAAGAGAUACUCCAUCGCACCAAGUAUUUUGUUAUUCCCACUCACAUUUUCUUUGCCAAAAUUAGUUUAUAAUUAAAUCAUACUCAAACGUAAAAUUCUUCUUCUUUUUUUUAAUGUUUGUUUCCAAAAGUAUUGGCUAAAUAAAUAUAUAACGCGUUUUGUCUGAAUUAAAUGUCAUUCCACGGCACAGUCAAAUCCACGAGUUCUUUUCUUAUCAAUCCCGCUCUCCACGUAGGGCUUAACACUAAUCAAGCGUCAUACCUUUAUCAAUUCCAAUAAGUAUGACAGUUAAAAGUUGUGAUUUAUUUACAAUAUGUGUUAUGUAUAACUAUUUCGUUAUCUCGCCUCGAGUACGCGUGCUCAAAAGUUCAUGUUCAAAUUGACGUUCUACAGCUCGGGGAAAUGCUCCCGUCAACAAAUCAUUUCAAAUUGAAUAAUCCAUAUUUAGAUAUAAACAAAUACAUGAUAUAUAUAUACGCAUAUAUUUUUCUGUCAAUUAGUCAAUAAUACUGCUAACUUAAUAAAGUUUACGAUCAAACCAAA